AUGGAAGAGCUUGUAGGGCUAAUGAGAAUUAGAGUGAAGAGAGGGAUCAAUCUCGCUCGUCGAGACACUUUAAGCAGUGAUCCUUUUAGGCUGAAGACUCGAACUGUGGCCAAGAACUGCAAUCCAGAGUGGAACGAAGAACUGACCAUUGCGAUCAAGAAUAUCAAUGAGCCUGUGAAUCUGAUGGUGUAUGAUGAAGAUACGUUCACAGCGGACGACAAGAUGGGAGAUGCGCAGAUCGAUAUCAUGCCGCUCUUAGAUGUUCACUCAAUGAAACUGCAAGAACUUAAAGAUGGAACAGUGAUCAAGAGAGUUUUCCCCACCGGAGACAACUGCUUGUCUGAUGAGAGUAGAAUCAUCUUCAAUAAUGGCAAGAUUCUUCAGGAUAUGGUUCUUGUGUUGAGGAAUGUCGAAUGCGGCAAGGUGGAGAUUCAGCUUGAAUGGAUUGAAAUUCCAAGUGUCAAGGGACUUUGA